AUGGCGGACACCGAGAGGCUCGUGGGAAUCUCAGAAGCAAGAGGUGGCCAGGUUUGCUUGGAUCUCUUGACUGCAUGCAUUGGAAAUGAAAAAAAUUACCCGAAGGCUUUACAAGGGCAAUAUCAGGGUCAUGUUAAGAAUCCCACCAUCAUUCUUGAAGUUGUUGCAUCACAGGAUCUUUGGAUUUGCCACGCUUUCUUUGGCAUGCCCGAGUCUUGCAAUGACAUCAAUGUGCUCAAACGAUCGCCGUUGUUUGCAAGGCUGAGUGAAGGAAAAGUUCCUCCUUGCCACUAUACUGCCAAUGGACAUGUGUACAACAUGGGCUACUAUCUGGUUGACGGUAUCUAUCCUUCAUGGUCUACCUUUGUCAACACCAUCUCAAACCCAGUUGGCCAGAAAAAGGCUCACUUUACCCAAAGACAAGAAGCAGCUAGAAUGGGUGUCGAGAGGGCAUUUGGAGUUCUUCAGGUCUGCUUUGCAGUUGUUCGUGGACCUGCAAAACAAUGGGAUCAGGAGACCUUGUGGGUGAUCACAUGUUGUGUCAUCAUGGACAACAUGAUCGUCGAGGAUGAGGGUGAGGAUGCUGCCGCUGCUCUGGAAUUUGGGAACAUGGGUGAUCCUAUCCAUCUUCUGGAUAAGAAUCUGGCCACAUUUGAGGAGUUUAUUCAAAUGCAUCAACAAAUUCGGCAUCGACUAACUCACGAGAAGCUGAAGGAAGAUCUGAUUGAGUAUCAGUGGGCGGUGAAAGGGGACAACAAUGUUGGGAUGUAA